AUGGCCGCAACCCGGAAAACCCAGAGGCACAUUCAGAGAGAAGACGCAGCAGCUGGUCUGCAAGAUCUUGCAGGAGACAGGUUCCCUUCCGCUCGCCUUGGCAGGCGCGACACCUACGAUACGUGGGCCGUUAUUAGCGACGCGACUCUGGUGUAUGGAGGGCGUGACGAUUUUUACGGCGUUGAGCUCGUGUCCAGGAUGCUUCAUACAGGCGGCGACUGGCAGCAUGAAGUGGAAACCCUAUUCAACCUACUUUACGAAUAUUUUGAUGUGGUUGCAGACAGCCACUGUGGCACGCACGUCCAUGUCUCGCCCGGCUACAUGGGCAACAGGAAGCAAGACUGGACGCCAAACCAGGUGCGGCAUAUUCUCAAGAGCCUCUGUCUGUUUGACACCCAGAUCACAAUGAUGCUACCCAUCGAGCGGCGGCGCAGCACAUACUGCACGUCGUUUCUGUCGGGCAGCAAUGCGGCGCAGGACCUGCCGCCGUACCAGGCGCAGAUCCUCCAGACGGGCCGCUACGAUGGCCUCUUCGGCUUCAUCGAUGGCUUGGCCACGGUCGAGGCUGUCGCUGCCGUCUUCGAAAGUCGUUGGUACUACGCCAACUUGCAGAGCCUUGUGACAAAGAAAAGAACCAUUGAGUUCCGGUGCCCGCCAGGGAGUGCCAAUGCUGCCGACGCGACGCAUUGGAUCCUCUGGGUGUUGUCUUUUGUAUACGGGGCCCUGGAGAAGGGGCGCUAUGGCUACGGCGUCAUGACGCGCAGCCGGAUGUCCUACACACAUACCUCGAGUUCAUCCGAGCGGGCCACCGGGCCAUGCCAGCUGCUGCGAAGCGCGGUGCCAUCCUCAUCAACAGGCACCUGGCGAACCACGGAGAGGGACCGAGCAUGA